CAGUCGUUUUCAGUAUCUCCUCCUGGAAGACCUGACUCCUUUUCGCACUGAGCCGUCUUAGCCGCAGGAUGACACGCUCGGCACUUCUCGCUCCCAUCCUGGUGGGGCUGUUGAUCCUCAGAGCUGCAGGUCAGGAGGCUGGAAACCCAGAAUCCACGCCACCUCCACCACCCGGCCAGGGCCCCGAUGGUGCCACCCAGGCAGAGGAGGAGAGCGAGGACUGGGGGCUGAACUCCCUCAGAGGCAGCUUUGAGGCGGUCAGCGGCUACUUCGACUCGAUGCUGGAGUUCAUGGGUGGAAAAGAUGGAGUGUGCCAGUAUCGCUGCAGACAUGGUAAAGCGCCUAUUCCUCGUCCCAGCUACAAGAUGCCUGAGCCCGACGGAUGCAGCUCCUACUUCUUUGGCCUUCCUGUUCCAGAGGGGAUGGACGUGGGAAUCCCUGCGAUGACCAAGUGCUGCAAUCAGCUGGACAUGUGCUACGACACCUGCGGCUCCAACAAGUACCGCUGCGACUCCAAGUUUCGCUGGUGCCUCCACAGCAUCUGCUCCGACCUCAAGAAGAGCCUCGGCUUUGUGUCCAAAGUUGAAGCAUGUGAAACUGUGGCUGACACCUUGUUCAACACGGUGUGGACUCUGGGCUGCAGACCCUACAUGAACAGCCAGCGGGCAGCAUGCUACUGUCCAGGAGAGGAGAAAGAUGAACUGUAAAUCCACCGCGCAUGUUGCUUUUUCAGAAGAGCUGUAUGAAAAGCACAGAGUUGCAUAACAUUGGAUGUUUAUUUGUCCUUAAGGUGAACGUGACGGCUUGUGUAAUUUAUUUGAACCUUCUUAUCCUUCCUUAUUAUUCCUAAAAUUAGUAUACAAAAAAAAAAAUAAUAAUAAAAAAAAAAAGUUAGUAUUGUUUUGAGCUCCAUGUGGGAUGACUUCAUUUCAACAUAAACUUCUAUGGAUGUGUUUUCAUGUCAUAGCUUAUCAUGUGAAUAAGUGUUGAAUAUGUUUGAAAUAAAAAUAUAAAAGUACA